AUUGUAACUGUGACGUGCACUUUAUAGUUCCUUCUAAAGUUCUCUCUGCACUCGUGUUGUUAUUCAACCGGCGUGCAUAGGUAAAAAAUUUUUAUAUGCUUCGUAUUUUAAUUUAUUCUAAUCGUUCAGUUAAUAUGCCAGAAAAACGCCAAUAAACAUUCAACUAUCGCAACGGUAACUUAUCGGCGCAGUCUUUUCUUGAAAAAUCAGAAAUGACUUGCAACAAUUUUUGAUACCGGCGACAUUGCUUUCGGGGGGUCGUGCGUCCGUUAUCGCGUGUUAAAUUUGCUUAAACUUGAUAUUCGAAACAAAAAAAAACAAAGAAAUGUCGAGAGAGAACCAGUUAUAAGCAAAUAAGCGUAUCAAGAGUUUGAUUAAGAAUCGAAGCGACGGAUGAGGAGGGUGAAACCGUGCUGAAUGAAAAGAAAAUAAGAAUAUACAUCGCCCGUGACAGUUUGUCACGAUUGCCCUAGAUUGCCCUUUAGUGCAACACGCACGACGCACGCACGCACGCACACUACUAUCACCGCACCACUGCGCUCCCGUGAAGUAGAACUAACACGUGGCAUCGAAGUGAUCUUUCGAUAUAGUACUAAGGUUAUUCGGCGAUUAGGUAACUUGGUGAAAAUCACGGAAGAAAGAUCGAGCGAUCAGGAUCUCAACGCAGUUUUGAGCACGCCGAUAGCAACAAAAUUUGGAAUGAUACACUACUCCUGCGAAUUGUGACGUCACAUGAUAAACGCGGCAAAUUCGUGCCGUCCGGGGUUACAGUUUGUGGAUACGAGUGCCAAACGUCGGCUUUUCAAUUAGAGGUUUGCUCGUUCAAAGAUGAGUCAACAAUUGCAGACUCACUUAAUUGCUGCUGCUAUUGGGGCAACUAUUGGCGUUAUAAGUGCAGCUAGUAUUUUUAUUUAUCAGAAAGUCUUAGAGAAACGACAACAUUCUAUGAAAAAUGCUCAUCUUGAUGAAGUGGAUCGCCGUCUAGCUGAGCUGCAAGAAGAAUUAGAAAGACUGAGAGUGCAGCAAAAUCAACAGAGGAGGAAGAAGAAGAAGCAGCUUAAUCGUAAAAAUGACAAUGAUAAUACAUUAGCUGUAACAGAUGAUACAGAUGUCUAUUCAACAGCUGGUACAGAUAUCGGCGAGGAUGAAUUCUUUGAUUGCUCAGAUAGUGAAAAUGGCAUUAGCGAUAUUGAAAACAGGACAAUUGAAGCCACCUGCCUUGGAUUAGACCUUGCCAUCUUCGAUUUACAUUAUCAACAAGAUGGAUACGAAAAAGAUGAUUACUUUGAACUACGAAAUCUCGCAGACACUUAUCCGGAUAAUGUAGAUGUAAUUUGGAGAUAUGCCAGAAGUUGUUACAAAUAUUCAGAAUAUUGUACCACUGAUCCAGAUGUACAAAAAGCUGCUCUCGAUGCAGGAAUUAAAGCCUGCGAGAAACUUCUUACUGUAUCAAACGCAGAUUUGCACAAAUGGUGCGCUAUACUUGUAGGUGUAUAUGGCGAUUUUUUGCCAGUAACAGAGAAAAUAAAAAACGGUUACCGCUUCAAGGAACUUGUAUUGGAAGCCUUGGAGAUAAGUCCGCAUGACUCUGACUUACAUUAUCUACUCGGUAGAUUCAAAUACGAGGUGGCUAACUUAAGUUGGAUAGAGAGAAAGGUUGCUGCAACAUUAUUCUCGGAGCCACCAAGUGCCUCGUACGAAGACGCAAUCGAUAGUUUCCAAAAAGUGGAAAAAUAUUCAGUUGAUGUGAACUUAGAAAAUCGACUGUUUCUCAGUAAAUGUUAUAUAGCACUGAGCGAGUAUGAACAGGCUUGCAACUGGCUAGAAAAAACUUGUGAUUCGCCAGUCACAAGCAAAGAUGAUGAAAAAACACAAAAUAAUGCUCGUGAACUCCUUACUAAAUAUUCGAAAUAUCGUCAGUAGCAGCAGCAUUAAUAGAUCUGAAUAUAUUCAUUCCAUACGUUACAAACAUUAAUAUAUUAAUCACGUGAUAUACGUAAGCAAUUUAUAGUUAAACAUGAAUUUUAUAGUUAAACGGGAAAGGUAAAUAUACGAGCAAUUUUAAUUAUGGAGGUGGAAAUAUAGAUAACAAUUUUAUUGAUUUUUAUAUAAAACUGUGUAAAAAUAAAACUAGUGUAUGCUUCAUUGGAAACGAAAAAGCAUACAAAGUGUUUUAGGGGAAACAUGUUUGACGAACGGCUAGAAAAAUGCAUUAAAACUAUUAUUUUAUUGUAUAAAUAAUAGGCCUGUCAAGUUUUAUUAUAUAUCUUAUAUGAACUGUAAAUUUACUAUUAUAAUUAUAACUUUAUCUUUUUAUCGUCUAUUUCUUAAUAAAAAUAAUGUAUUAUAACA